CGUUGUUGUCAACUCUUCAAACGCGCAUAAAUCAUUCCCUUUUCCAGUGCCGGUUGCGAAUUCUUUUUCUGCCACCGAAUGGAGAAGCGCAAGCUUGCCGAGGCUGAGGCGGCGCUGUCAGACGCCGCCAAAUGCGAGAGGUCGGGCUGGCUCAAGUCGCGAGAUCUCGACGGCGCGGCCAGCGCCUAUGAGCGUGCUGCAACGCUUUUCCGGGUGGCAAGGGCGUAUCCGCAGGCCAUCGAGGCGUACAUGAAGGCCGCCGAUGCGCAGCAGGCGCUCGAGAGCGCGGCUGCCGCAGCGCGGCUGCUGGAGAGCGCGGCCGUGCUCGCCAAGGACAACCUCAAGGCUGAGGCCAACGCGGCUGCCCUGUACGAGAGGGCGAGUGAGCUGCACCUCGGCGUGCUGUCGCUCGACCGGGCUGCCGCCGCACUCUGCAAGGCGGCACGCACAAUAGAGGGGUCCGACACGCCGCGAGCGUGCGCGCUCAUGCUCCGCGCCUGCAGUCUCUUUGAUGACGGCGAGGAGGAGGCGCAGCUGCGGCACUCUGCCGACACCUUUGGCGCCGCGGUCGCGCUGCUGCUGCGGGCAGGGCGCCGGUCCGAGACCGCCGCGCUGCUGCGGCGGCAGGUGCUCGUCUACGCGCGCCUUCGCCGCACGCACGACGUUGCACGCUCAGAGCUCUCCGCGGUGAUCAUCAAUCUCGCUGCCGGCGCCGCCCCGCCCCGCCGCCCCGCCAGCCCCUCGACACAAGACACGUGCCCACCGCCGUGCAGCCCGACCGCGGGCCUCGGUGCGGCAGGCGAGUACGAGCAGGCGAGCAUCGGCUGCACCAAGGCGGAGGCGAGGCCGGACGGGUUUGCUGGCACCGAUGAGGCACUCUCGCCCUCUGUCCGUCUAGCCCUCGAGCUCUGCCGCUGAACUGCCCUCGC